CCGUUUUGCGGGUUUAUACGCACACUUAAGUCUGUGGCUGCUUUUUCAGUUUGUGUUUUAGACCCAGAAAACAUAUGGACAUAGCUACAAAAGAAGCGGACAGUUUUCCCCUGCUCGUCCUCCUAUGAGUUUUUGAAGAGGGAGGUGCAGCAGCUCCAUCCAGUCGUCCUCCUGCAGGCGCCGGAGCCGGAGCGCACGCACGGCCGCGGCUGCAGCAAUGACUCUGAGCUCAGAGAUGUCGGACGCCUCCGUCCUUUCCGAGGAGACCGACAUAGACGUGGUCGGCGAGGGCGAGGACGGGGACGGCCAGACGCGCUCCUUCGUGGACGAGGUGGCGCAGAUGCACGACGGCAUCCUCCUGGCCGGCUCUCCUCCUCCGUGCCUGGACGGCUCCACCUCCUCCAGGGACGCCUACAAGCCGGCGGGCAAGAACACCCUGGUGAAGCCCCCUUACUCCUACAUCGCCUUAAUCACCAUGGCCAUUCUCCAGAGCCCCAAAAAGAGGCUCACCCUCAGCGAGAUCUGCGACUUCAUCAGCAACCGCUUCCCUUACUACAGGGAGAAGUUCCCGGCCUGGCAGAACUCCAUCAGACACAACUUAUCCCUCAAUGACUGCUUCGUGAAAAUACCACGGGAGCCCGGGAACCCCGGGAAGGGGAACUACUGGACCUUGGACCCGGAGUCGGCCGAUAUGUUUGACAACGGGAGCUUUCUGCGGCGGAGGAAGCGCUUUAAGAGGCAGCAGACGCAGGACUUGCUGCGGGAGCACGGCGGCUUCCUCCCCGCGGCCGCUGCGUACGGGUAUGGGCCGUACGGCUGCGGCGCGUACGGCGUCCAGCUCCAGUCCUACCACACGCACUCUGCGCUUUUUGCGUUCCAGCAGCAGCAGCAACAGCAGCAUCAACAGCAGCACUCCAGGCAUUCACACACGGGGACCAUUAUCCCUUCACCUUCUUUGAUGCCCACCAGCACGGACUUAAGCAGAACUCGGUUUUAUCCUCCGCUCGGCUCCAGCUUGCACGGCUCAGCCGCCGCAUCUUCCCCGGUGCGUAAAUCCGGCUCUCCGGUGCAGCGCUCGCCCUUCUCCAUAGAGAGCAUCAUCGGGGGGUCGGGGAGCCCCUCAUGCAGGACUUCUCCGGUCGUGGUCCCAGUGUCUUCUUUGGGAGCUGUUUUACACCCGCCUGAAAACUUCCCGAAUAACAGAGUUGUCGGCGGCACUAGCGCCUGUUAAAUGUUACUAAUCUUAUCAAGAAACUUUAGAAAAAAAAGACACAAAAACGCCCCUCUUCGAAGGUAGGAUUAUUUUUGUAUGUUUAUUUGAGAGCACGCAGCUGAAUGAUGGACAUACAAAACACUAACUGUGCCUAUAUUCAUGCUGUUUCUGAACAUCGCCUCUUUUAUAUUUAAAUUUUCUCGGUGUGAAUCAGAUGUUGAACUUUUCUUGUAUUUUCCAUGAAGUGAUUAAUCCGUUUCAAUCACUGUUCCUGGCGUCUCAGGUUAUAAAGCUGAUCACAUGUUUGUUUUGUUUGUUUGUUUUAAGGCUGAUAAUGUUAGGCUAUUUGUGUCAAACACAUCCAUGUUUUUUUUUAUUAGCAGAUCAAAACAAAGUUUUAAAAGUUUUGAUUUGAACUUUGUACGUAUUAAAAAAAGAAACAGAGAUAAAAGUCAUACAUUUAUAAUUAUAUGCAGUGUGUGUUGAUUUCAGUAAUAAAACAUUGUACAUUUUUUGAGCAAGUAAUGUGUAACUGAAGUGUGAUAUUUUUACAGUUUU